UUCCAUGAUGAGUGUCUUAUAAAAUAUCUUAGUAGCUUUUGCAAUACUUUGGUUAACCCUCUGGUCUACAGCAUAUUUCGUCGCCACGUUGAAGUACACUGCGCUUGGGUCAUUGGUGACCUAGAUGUAUACCAGAGGGUUAAUAUUCAAGCGAGUUAUGGAAUAUAGUUCACAGGAAGAGGAGCACCAAGUAAUUGUAAUUUAAUAGAAGAGACCUCCAAGGAGGAAGGCCAGAUGGCCACUUGGGACGGUUCGUACUACGAACCUGAUGAUCCCAACUAUCAUCCAUACUCCAAUCAUCGUGAUGCAGGUCCUGGAGAUCAAACAUGGGGUUACUAUGCUGGAAAUAAUUUUUCUCGUCCAAGAGGUAAUCUUUAUACUUCAAGCGGGUCUAGUGCUUUUGAUCAGAACAGAGCUGUACCCUUUCAACAAACCAGUAGAACCAACGUUCCCCCGGUUCAGAAAAAUGUAGCACCAUUGUCUGUCUAUCAAGAGCAACCAAUACCCUCACUUCUGGAAAAUGUUAAUCAGUGUUUCUUUGAGAAUAAUAGAGUACAACCACAGCUUCCAUCGUUCAAUUACAAAAGUAGUAACUAUGGAGGAUGGAGUAAGAACGAUAAUACUGAUUCUAAGUACCCAGGACAAGUGAAGAAUUCAUAUCCGAAUAUAGCAGAGUAUUCAAAUCUGCAUGUUACUGCUGAUGAAUUUAUUCCAAACAGUGCAAAAUCAAGCUAUUCAGAAGCACCAAUUGCCAGUCUAAAUAGUGCAGGGAAUCAAACUAACACACAAUGCGAAGCUACAGAAAUGCAUCAUGGAAAUGCUACUGCCACGAUAGAAGCAGGGCCAUCUAAUGUUUUCUUCAACAAAAAGAAUAGUAAUUAUAGGCAACGUGAAUCACAAGAUCAGCAACAUAAUCAGAAUGGCUUCCAUAGGAAUUCUUACAAGAAUCAAAAUCCCAAGAACUAUGGCAAGUUUCAAAAUGAUAGAUAUAACAAUGGUAGACAAUAUUCCGAUGGUAAUAAAUAUUCCUCUGGAUGGAGGGACAAUGAAAGAAAAAGGCAGAACGUAGAUCAAUCAGUUUCUAAUACCACCAGUGGAACCAGAGACACUUUUGGAACAGCCUCAAUGUCGAAGGAUGAAGAAAAACAACACACCAAUGGAAAGCUAAAUAAGAACGGUACUAAAGGCUUGCCUUAUAAUGACUCCCUGUCUUAUCAAUAUAAACAAGAUAGUUCAAGACAACCUGGCAAAUUACCCAAGUACAAUUAUAACGCUACUAGUAACGAGCCCAGUUCGUCUACUCACAAUUCAGAGCAGCCUCAGUCCUGGAUAAAGAAUGGAAAAAAGUACUUCAGCGAUGAUCGUUCUGAAAGGUAUCGUGAGAGAAGAGAACGCUACAGUGACAGAUACGAUAGUAGUCAGAGAGAGAAGAGGAAUAAUUACCAGGAUUAUGAUGGACACAAAAAUAAUUAUGAUGUGAGCAGCGAGAGGAGUGAAAGAAACAGAGAUAAAGAGCGUAACAAGAAUAGUGCCCGAGAGAACAAAGAUAAAGACAAUGAAAGUUGGAGGUCAAAGAAUGAAACUAGCAGCAGGAGUGGUACUCCAAAACGUAGUGGCAACAAGAAAUACGAUACAGACGAUGAUGCCAGUCAAAGGGAAAGGUUAACAGAUCAAUUAAAUAGAGGACAACUCGAAUGCCUAGUAUGUUGUGAUCGUAUAAAGCAAACAGAUUAUGUUUGGUCGUGUUCCAAUUGUUAUCAUGUAUUACAUUUAAAGUGCACUAAGAAAUGGGCCAAAUCGUCGCAGAGUGAAAAUGGUUGGCGUUGUCCAGCCUGUCAGAAUGUAACAUCUGUGAUACCAGAAGAAUAUUUUUGCUUCUGCGGAAAGGGUAACACGCCAGAAUGGAAUCGUCGCGAGGUCGCUCAUUCCUGUGGGGACGUCUGCGGACGUAUGCGAGCAAAUACCAACUGUGUUCACAAAUGUACUUUACUUUGUCAUCCUGGUCCUUGUCCUUUAUGUAUCGCUAUGGUAACAAAGUACUGUGGUUGCGGAAGGACUUCGCAAACACUCAAGUGCAGCACCGCGACGCUUUUGCACUGCGAGGCCACUUGCGGUAAAUUAUUAAAUUGCGAGAAACACACCUGUGAAAAAAAGUGUCACCACGGCAGCUGUGAAAAAUGCGAUAAAACCAUACACCAAGAAUGUUUUUGUGGCAAACAUAAUCGUGAGGUUACUUGCGACGUCGAUAUUCCUUCUACGUAUACAUGCGAGAACAUUUGUGAGAAACUCUUAGACUGUGGCAAUCACAAGUGCAAGGCUCUUUGCCAUCCUGGACCUUGCGAAUCUUGUUCCCUGAAACCGGAAGCCGUCACUCAUUGCUGCUGCGGACAGACUCCCUCGACGGAGCAGAGAAAAAGCUGUUUAGAUGAAAUACCAACGUGCGAGAAGAUCUGUUGCAAGCGUCUAAAGUGCGGCCAACCAAGCCAUCCUCAUACAUGCAAGUCAAAGUGCCACGAGGGUGAUUGUCCGGAAUGCGAAUUGAUCACAAAAGUCAAAUGUCGCUGUGGCAACAUGGACAAGGAAAUUCCUUGCAAGGAACUAACGACAAAGGCCGAUGAUGCUCGUUGCGAGAAAAGAUGCACCAAGAAAAGAUCCUGUGGCCGACAUAAGUGUAAUCAAAUGUGCUGCAUCGAUAUUGAACAUAUCUGCCCAUUACCUUGUUCAAAAACAUUAAGCUGCGGAAGGCAUAAGUGUGAGCAGACUUGUCAUAAAGGAAGGUGCCAGCCCUGCUGGAGAAGUAGUUUUGAUGAACUCUUCUGCGAAUGUGGUGCUGCUGUUUUAUAUCCUCCAAUUCCUUGCGGCACGAGACGUCCCGCCUGUGACAGACCUUGUUCGCGACAGCACGCGUGCUCGCACGAGGUGUUACACAAUUGUCACAGCGAAGCUACGUGUCCUCCGUGCACUGUGCUCACUCAAAAUUGGUGUUACGGUAAGCACGAGUUGCGCAAAGCCGUGCCGUGUCAUGUGAAUGAAAUAUCGUGCGGUUUACCAUGCAACAAACCAUUAUCAUGUGGACGACAUAAGUGCAUUACACUUUGUCACGCUGGAUCUUGCGAAAAACCAGGACAAGUGUGUACGCAGCCAUGUACCACACCUAGGGAUUUAUGUGGACACAUUUGUGCUUCUCCUUGUCACGAGGGAAAAUGUCCUGAUACUCCAUGUAAAGAAAUGGUCAAGGUUACCUGCCAGUGCGGUCAUAGAAGUAUGACUAGAGCUUGUGUUGAGAAUUCACGCGAUUUCCAAAGAAUAGCCAGUGGUAUACUUGCCAGUAAAAUGGCAGACAUGCAACUUGGUCAUUCAGUGGACUUGGAAGAAGUCUUUGGCCAGGGUGCGAAGAAGCAGAAUCAGUUAAAAACUUUAGAGUGUAAUGAUGAGUGUAAGGUUAUUGAAAGGAACAGGAAACUGGCUCUGUGCUUGCAAAUUGUCAAUCCUGAUCUGAGUGGCAAGCUUAUGCCACGGUAUAGUGAUCUCAUGAAACAUUGGGCCAAGAAGGAUCCUUUCUUCUGUCAAAUGGUCCAUGAUAAAUUGACGGAACUAGUUCAGUUGGCUAAAACGUCUAAGCAGAAGUCAAGGAGUUAUUCCUUUGAAUGUAUGAAUCGAGAUAAGCGACACUUCGUUCAUGAAUACUGCGAACAGUUUGGCUGCGAAAGUCAAGCUUAUGAUCAAGAACCGAAGAGGAAUGUUGUUGCUACUGCUGUGAAGGAUAAGUGUUGGUUGCCGAGUCUAAGUUUAUUAGAAUUAGUACAACGAGAAAGUGGUCAAAGGAAGGUACCAGGUCCUAUGCUCAAUACGUCAAAAGCUAACUGCUCUCUAAGAAAUGUCGAAGUUCUCCCCUUGCCCGCUAAGAAAGGCCACAAACUCGUGUCGAUGCCGUCUACUUCAAAGUCGAAGAUUAGUCAAAGAUGAUUUUGACUAUCAAGGUUAAUCUGGACAUUUGAAGAAGACUUUAAUUAUAGGGAAAUGAUAGAACAAUUGAAUUCGUCUCAGAACUUCAAUUCUGUCUGUCGCGUUAUGAGCCAAGUAAAUAUGCACAGAAUUAAAACCUGUAACAUUUACUUUCGUGCUGUUAAAAUCAUUAGCACCUUAAAAAAAGAGUAACUCGUAAUGGCGUCGUGGAUUGGUAAUCGUCUUUAGAGUAAGGUUAAAAACUAGUGAUUAAUCGUUCAAUUGCAAAACGUGAAAAGAAUCAUUCGCAUAAAUUAGAUACAUAUUCAAAUUGAAAAAGGAUAAUUUGCCACGAGAAACUUAGUCUCUAUUUCAAGCUUCAAACUUUUUGUCUCUAGCGUGUUUAACUUAAAAUUAUUGCUGCGUGAAGAAAUAAUGUAAAAAUAAAGUGGGAAAAAACGCAUAAAAUUUUAAAACCUGUCACUUUAGUAUAUACGGGAUAAAUGGAUCGUAAAGCUAAUAAUCUAGAAGAAAAAAAAUAUUCAUUGCCACUUACACUUUAUUAAUUAACUAAUUAUUCGAUUAUUCAACCGAUGACCUCGUAUGCAUUACGAGCUGUCACUUUAAAACUUUAUUUGUUAUACAGAAACUACACUUAUUCUAUUGUAUGGUUCCUUCUCAACAGAUCUUGGCAUGCAUGGUCAUAAAAUAUUGUUGAUUUUAUAAUAUUAUACAGUGUAUGUGGGAGUAUCAAUUAAUAAGUAAAGUGAAUCAUGAAAUAUACAAAGUUAAGGAAAAGAA